UCAGUUUGCUAUAUUGUUGCAUAAUUUACAUAAUAAUUUAGUAUAGUGAAUGGAAAUUAUACUGUAUAAUCGAAUGAGUUUAAAGCUGACUUAAGACUCGAAUUCUUUUACCCACCUUCGUUUUUAAAGGGGGUGCAAGAUGGUGUUUUUUAUAUACAGGAACAAAAUCAAGUUUUGUAGGAUAAGGAAGAGAGGCUUGAGAAUUGUAUUGUUACUCGUUGUUCUUGUUUUCACGCUGUGUUUCUUACUAGUUUACUGGAAACAUCGGCACGUAAAUAGUUUAAUAGAAGGGGAACCUCCGAUUUACGUCACCGAUCUGUGUUUCGUAUUAGAUAAGAAUUUAUUAGCAGUGAUACUAGUGAACAGCGCGGCGAUAAACGUAAAUAGAAGGCGACUAAUUCGUGCCACGUGGGCUAACAAAUAUUUGUGUCGCGCUCUUAAAAUAGCCGUUGUGUUUUUGGUGGGGAGAUCCGACGAUCCCGUUCUCAUGCGAGAGGUGAAUGACGAGAGGAAACUCUACGGUGACGUCCUUCAAGUCGACACAGUCGAUUCCUAUCGCCAUCUGGUGGAGAAAAUAGUAAACGGAAUCGAUUGGAGUUUAAAAAACUGCCCCAAUACAAAAUACGUCACGAAAAUCGACGAUGACGUCUUCCUCAAUAUAUUCGAAUUUCAGAGGUAUUUGGAGGAAACCAUCAUUCACCGGCAGGCGGCGCAUUUUAUAUGCCUCUUGUGGCCUUCUAUCGACGUGCAACGGGACACGUUAUCCAAAUGGUACGUCAGUUAUGAGGAGUAUCCGCAUCCAACUUAUCCACCCUAUUGUUCUGGAGCAGCGUACAUAAUGCCCCACGGUGUGGCUAGCAAAAUAUGCCAACUGUACUUAAAGGAACCUAUAUUUUGGAUAGAAGACGUUUACAUAACGGGAUUUCUAGCGGCACGUGGCAAUUUGGGACACUUCCAAGCUGGCCAUUUUUACGGUUUUGUGAAUUAUAAAUACGAUAAUUUGAUACGAGGUAAUAUUAUAUUUGCUCAUAUCAAUAAGAACGAAACCGCAAUCAAGAAUAAUUUGUGGAAAAGCAUUCUGAAUUACCAAAAACUGAUAAACAAUACUUUGAUUGUCGCACCAGAAACUUAUAAGGUUGAAAUUCUCCCGACGGAUUCGUACGAUUAUUAUGAAGUUAAUUAAUUUAAAAUUCAAAAUUAUUUAAUAAAUUACUUCAUGUGUUGUCAAUAAUACUGCAUAGAAUAUUUCUCUAUAAAAUGUAUUUUAAUUAUUUCCAUAGAAUUCUAAAAUUUUAUCAUAAGUUUCGAACAUAUACAACUCGUGUUUUCCAAACUGUAGUUCGCGAUCUCCAUUGAUUUUUCGGUUUUCAUCUUGGAGCAGGUCAAUUUUUUUUUGUUAAUAAUUUAUAAAUUAAUUUAAAUUAUUACAUAGAAAGCUACGAAAUAAUAAAAGUGUAUUUUUAUAUUGCAAUAACUAAAUUAAAUUAAAUCGAAAGUCAGUUAACCGCUCUUCCUUACUGUUUAUUAUACAGAUUAUAAAGCUUUAUUAUGUUAUAUUAUAAGUUUUCAAAAAUGCUUUGUUAGUUUGUUAACGCGAAUUAUACGGUUAACUGAAUUUUAGGCCAUUUUGUUGCUUUAUAAAAUUAAUACUAUAAAGGUAGAUAAAGUGAAAAGAGAGACAAAUAAGGAUGCUUAAGAUGUGGAUUAUAUUUUACUGCAUCCUUCAGCAUCAUCAG